GCUGCAGGAGGGCAGUCACUUGACUGAAAAAGAAUUGCAUCAAACAUCAGGCAAGUUGCUCACAAAUGUUGUCACAUUCUUGCAUUAUUAUUGUAAGUGUUCAAUUUACUUUUAUUUCCUCACACUUUUUUUUUGCAACUUUUUAAACGUACCUCUAUAUAAGUAGCCACAAAGAGGCUGAACCUAACUCCCUGUACAGAUGAUUGGUUAAAAGCAUUUCAUCUGUUUAUCUCUUUUCUCCAUGCCAUGUCUCCCUCUGAUCACUCAGCUUGCUCUGUACUAUCACACUGGUCCAUGUGGUAAAACACCAGCAACGGUGACUGUCUUAUGACUGCGGCUGGGUCAAAUUCAUAGUUAGGUAUAAAGUGUUUUUUGAAUACCCAGUGUUACAGAAGAGCACAAUGUUGAGAUGUGACAGGGAAUCAAGGACAAGGGUUCGAUACAAACUAACCCUUGCUACAGGACUGUUGGAAUGCCUGUGCUUUGCUGGGGUUGUGUUUGGAUGGGCUUCUCUUGUAUUCAUUCUAAAAACAGAUGGAUACUUUAGUGAUCUGUGUGUCAAUGCGACUGAAGCAAAUGGCACAGCGGGGAAAGGUACUCCCCUAGACUGCAGUGCCCAGGAUGAGCAGUUUUCUCUUGUCUUCACCAUUGCGUCCUUCAUGAAUAACUUUCUUACUUUCCCCAAUGGUUUCCUUUUUGACCUCUAUGGAACAACGACUACAAGACUUCUGGCAAUAUUCCUCUAUACUUCAGGAACAUUGUUUGUGGCAUUUUCAAGUAUAGCUCUCCCGCUUUUGCUCUUCCCUGCCCUGUCUUUCAUUGCUGUAGGGGGCGUUUUGUUACUUCUGACAAACAUACAGGUGGGAAACCUUUUUGGUACUCAUCGCUCGACUAUAAUUACUCUUUAUAAUGGUGCUUUUGACUCCUCAUCUGCAGUUUUCUUUGUCAUCAAAGUCCUGUAUGAGCAAGGGAUUUCUCUUCAGUCCUCUUUCCUCUUCCUGUCUGCCUGUAGUAUCAUUCAUCUACUGCGAACUCUCUUCCUUUUACCCAAAUCACACAUACCUUACCCAAUCCCAGAGAGUUACACUUAUGGGAUAAGCUGUCGUAAGUCAAAGAGCUACAAUCUUAAAGAGUGUGAGAGCAAGGAGAUAAAUUGUACCACCGACAAAGAAAAACAAGACCGAAGCAGAGACAGUGAACCACAAAAGCCUGAUGAUGUUCCUCCUAAGGAGGAGAGCUUAAGCAAAGACAGCAGCUUUAAGAGCUGUGUUGUAUCCUGGUUCUUUUUAUGGCAUCUGGUAUGGCUUUCAGUCAUGCAGCUGCGUCAUUACCUCUUCAUUGGAACGCUGAACCCAAUGCUCACCCGACUGGCAAACCAAGAUCCAGCCACUGUUAGCAGAUACACCAAUGCUUUUGCAUUCACUCAGCUGACCGGGAUUUUCUGUGCUCCUUGGAAUGGCUUGUUAAUGGACAGACAUAAGCGGAAAGGGUUGAAGCCAGGAGAGAACGAGAAAGAAGCCGACUUGCGUGCAUCCAUUCUGUCCCUCUUCCUCACCUCUAUGCAGUGUCUUCUCUUCUCUAUUUGUUCAACCAUUCCAUUUCUUCCCCUGCAGUAUGUCACAUUUGUCCUGCAGGUCCUCAAUCGAUCUUUCCUGUAUGGUGGGAAUGCUGCUUUUAUCAGCAUCGCGUUUCCUAUCCAACACUUUGGAAAGCUGUACGGUCUUAUAAUGUCCCUCUCAGCUGUGGUAUCAUUGCUGCAGUAUCCUUGUCUUGCUUUGGUCAAAGCUUUUGGAGGGGAUCCCUUCUAUGUGAACCUUAUUUUGACCAUUCUGACGCUACUGGCUUUCGUCCAUCCUCUGAAUGUCUUCCGCCACUGCAGAAAGUUGGCCACUCAGGGAGAAAACACACAGGGCACGCUGCAUGCCGAUUCUUCAAAAAAAGAAUCUACACUAUAGUACCAGAUAGUUUUCAUGAUCAAAAAUGACAUUUACUUUGAUUAUUAAAAAAAAGGUAUUUGUAAAAAAAAAAAAAACAUUAAGAAUCAUAAAAUCUAUUUUUUUCUAUUCCAAAUAAUGACUUUUUUUAAUGUAUACUAUCUGUAUUGUAUUAAAAUGCCACAAUACCACUGUCUUUUGUGAAUAUGGUUUAUUAUAGAAGACGUUAUUGACGUGAGAUGUAAUGUCAUGAUGAAAUGAGAAGUAAACAGACAGAAAACAUUUAUAAAUAUAUGCACUUAAAUUCCGCAUUAAGCAGCCCUUGCACUGAUGCCUAUAAAAUUAUGCAAGUAUCAGUAAAACAAAUAUUAAAUAAAAACAAAUAUAAACAAAAAUACCAGCAAAAAACAAAACAAAACUGUGGAUUGGUAAUCAUAUAAACUCUAUCACAUAUCAGCUCCUGUAACAAAUGGCCAAUUGGAAUGCACUGGAUUGAAAAAUAUUUUUCUGUCUUAUAUUUGAUCUAUUUAUUAACUCUCAAGUAAAAUAAAUAAAUACAUACGUUAUUUAAAAAUAUAUAUAUAUAUAUUUUUUAAGAAAACCAUAUUGGAUGGACACUGGUAUCAGAAUAGAAUAUUAUUUGUACUGUGUAUGGGUCUUUUGCAUCUGACAUCAUGAUGUCUGCCAUGGGCCCGCCCACUUAAAGACGGUAAAGGCAACGUUGCUUACCGUAAAUCCACCCAUGUAGUGCCAAAACCUACAUACAAAACCACUCUCUGUAGCACUUUAAGCAUGAAAACACAUCUGAUAACGUUGUCAUCUUAAACACUUUGUCUCCUUAGUAACUGCUUUUAAGUUGUUCCAAAUAGCCUCAAAAAACACACAGAAAACACACAGUCUUUGCAACCACUCUCUAAAACAUUUUGGAUUAUACAACAGGGAUUUAACCACACCAGUCAGAUAAUGAAGAUAACACUUAAAAGUUUGGUAAAAAAUUAUACUCAAGAAUUUUAACUUCACUAAUAAAUGGUUUUGUAAAACAUGUUCUAUGUACCUUUAUGCAUAAGAUAUUAAGAUAGAUCAAUCGCACUUCAUUUCGAUCUGAAUUCAGCAGGAACAUAACAGCACACACCUGUCUUUAUUAUUAUUAUUAUUAUUAUUAUUAUUAUUAUUCAUUAAAAACAAACACAAAAUUAAACACCACUGUUUUCCGAGGAUUUUUGCGUUUUUCUUUUAAGGGUGAGACUUAUUUCCCAAGUGCUUCUCUUGUUGAGACAUUGUGGUUUUACUACCCUGUAUUGCUCUAUUUUAUCUUAUCAUUUCACCAUGGCCUGCUUGCUUCCUGUGCUCCAAGCAUUCAAAAUCAUGAUGUUGAGCUAAUGAGCACAUCAAGAGCCGAAUCAGAUUAGGUGUCACAGGUUUCAACCGCACCCAUUGUCGAACAGGUGCAUAACACCAAGCACAUAACCAUUACGCACAUAAACAAACUUAAUGAAGACCUUAGUGACUAAAUGUGCCGCUGUCACAGGAUGCCACUUUUGUCACAAGUUAAUUCAUGAAAUUUCCACCCUGGUACUGUAGAUCUGCCCUGGUCAAUUGUAAGUGCAAUUAUAACACCUCAGGAAAAAAAGCUUAGGUAAGACAUGGUAUAUCAUGCAAACUGAAAGAUUGAGCCAAUUUGCCAACAUCAGGCAUAUCUCACUGUGUAUUAAUCAAUAAAUGUAUUUUUAUUUUGGAA